UUCUUUAAUUUCCGGAUCUUGAUACAAAUUGUGCUGAGUACAGUACAUUUGGCAUCAGAGCCGUUUCUAUCCACGGCGGAGUUGGCUGUAAGGUUCGAAUUAAUGAAUCUACAGUUGAAGUAUAUUAGGUUUUCUUUGGAUAUGCCCUCACCAAAUCGAGAAUUUAACCUUCGGGCAACAGAUAUAAUGAUUACCAUUACAGAGAUGAGGUUGAAUUCAAUGAUUGCACUCGCCAAAUUGAAAAAUUAACAAUCAUCGAGACAACAGUUAGUUAAAGAAGUUGGGGUUAUGGGAGCAAUGAAGAGUGAGGAAGGGGAUUCUACAAAUUCAACUCGAGUUCCCGACCUAAUUGGUGGUUCUAAUUCUCAAAUUUCCACUUAUCCAAUUCCAAAUGAUAUUGGAUCUCAGAAGUUCAAAUCAAUUUCCAGGUGUAUUGAAGAGGAAUCUCUCGAUUUCGAAAUGAUUCCGUCAUUUUUAUUUGAGGAAAAAGAAGAUUCAGUGAAUUCAGAACCACAAGAAGAGAAAUCCCUCACUACUAGGAGUAACUCGAUUGAUGUUCUGCAUUUUCCAAGCAAAGGUGUUGAGAGUAAAGUGAUAAGGGACUUCAUCAGUCGAAACCAGGGUACAAUUGAUGGACAAUAUUGCCUAUACUUGAAGGAGUUUUUCAUUCUAGGCAACAAAGUAAACGGUAUGAAUUAUUCUUAUCUUCAUCUGGAUGAUGUUCGGUCGUUAUUUGAUAGAGGUAAAUAUGUUAUUGUCUUAUCAAUUUCUUAUGAGAAUUUGGUUAAUCCAUGGAUUCCUAGCUUGGGGUACCAGUCAGAUUUUCGGUAUAUACCUUCGAUUGUUAGUUUUUGUGUUAAUGAUGCUGCGAGUCUUGAUGAGAGAAUGUUGCUUGUUAAAAUGAUUGAUAGAACUAGACCUGUGUUACUCUUGCUGGGUAAAGUAAUUGAAAUGGAGAAGGUACUAGAACAUCAGGGUAUAAUUCCUUGGACUGUACUAUGGAGUUCACUCUAGGUAUUAUGUAAUUGAAGUGAACAUCAGUUCUGUCGAUAUCCAACUGAUGUUCACUCUAGGUAUUAUGUUAGACUUAAAUCUUAUAGCUUAUAUCGACUAUUGAGUCUAAUUUACCAAACCAUGGAAGUCUAUAUCAAGUUUCAGUUCUAUGUCAGAGUAGUGGGAACUCAUAGAUGGUUCACUGUGAAUUAUACUCUACUUGUGCUGCUAGUGGAGAUUUUAUUGAGCUGUGAAGGGGUUCCGGCAAUUUUCUGGAGUGUGAGAAUUUCCUUGGCGCAACUGUUAGAUUUAUGGUUCUCACCAACAAUGAGAUCUAGCUGGACAGAGUCUCUUGCAAUGGGAAUGAACCUGCUUGUUUGGACUGAUGAUUAUAUCGUGUUCAGUGUGCUUAUAUCUGAUGUCUAUGAGAGAAUUUCGAUAAGUGAAAGAGUUGCAGAUUAUAUUGUGAAGAACUGCGACACAGGAAAUCAUAUUUUCAAAAAUAGUUAUUUCUAUUUUCUUCUCAGACAAAUUCUUCCUUACACAAGCGACUUCACCAAGUGGCUGGCAGCAAUUAUCCUUGUGUGUAGAAAACAGGAAACAUAAUAAGUGCUCCAUGAUAGCAGCUGGGAGUUCGUCGAAAUGCACACAACUGAUCUUGAAGCGUAUGAAGUUCUUCACCAGUGAGGGAGCAACAAUUGCAGUUCCUCGUCCUAGCCAGAAGAAUUCCCCAAAUUCAGUACAGGCUGAUUUCUAUGCUACUACGUUUUUCGUGGUACUCAUGGAUGUGAAGAGGGACGUUACUGAAGUUCUUGCACAUCAGCUACAGGUAGAAUCAUCUGUCUUUGAAGUGCUUCUUUGGGAAAGUAACAUAAUCUUGGUCGAUAUUGAAGUUCAGGAGAUGUUGCUAGGAGUACACACAAUGCUGGACAGUGAGUUACUGGACUUCGUGUUAGGAUGUUUAUGGGCCUCGCAAGGAGAAUUAGUGGUCAUUGCAUCACAUGGGUUCCUACUGCACUACAUGGAAUGUCAUGGACCUACAUUGCAGAGGAAUAGCACCUCAGUUCUUAUCCUUGAGAACAAGGAUGUUUUGAAGGGGUGGGGAAUGUCAUGUACCUAUAUUGCAGAGGAGUGCCCCUAUCAUGGGGAGUGUCAAUGGGUAUUUUUACAGUUAGUAGUAUUUAACAUACAUAUGGGUGUCGUUAUCAGUUAUUAUCGAGAGUUAAGAUGUAACUAGAUGGAUUGUUUAUGGUCGUUAGAUUUGGUAGAUAAGCCUAGCUAUAUGAAGCGGCUUCUGUAUCAGAAGGAACUAAUCAAUGAAUGAAUGAAUAUCUCUCUC